AAAACCCGGCCCCAGCUGAUCGAGUUCAUUCUCAACAUGUUGUCCAAUCCUUGGUUCUCUUCAAUUAUGUCCUGGGAGGGGAUGGACGGGCAGUUCACUAUCAUACGCCCUGAACAAGCGGCACAGCUGUGGGGAGAAAGGAAUGGCCGAAGAAACAUGACCUACCAAAAGUUUAGUCAGGCACUGCGUUAUUACUACCACAAAAAAGUGUUGACCAAGAAUAGAGGCCAAAAAUACACGUACAAGUUCGACUUUCAAGAGCUUGAGCGACAGUAUGGAUAUAGAGGUAUAUCAUCUGUCACUUUUCAUCAGCCCACUGGAAACAGCCAAUACAUGAUUCCCUCCUUUACGGCCUGCAAUUGUGAUGCAUUUCCAGCCAGUCAUCCCUGGUGAGGUUCUUUCCACAAUUUAGGACCACAGUUUGAAACGUGCAGGAAGAGAAUCAGACAAAUCUAACUUUUUCUCAGUCGUUAAACGUUAUAUUUUUUUCUGCUCUCUCCGCGCGCGCUUUAUCAAGUCAACAGAGUAUUUUGGAUUAAGGUUGCUUUCGAACCGAAUUAACGUUUCCUUUUGGCGCUGACUAUCUUUUCAGGUCUGCUCACAGAGCCCCUGAUGAGAAUGACAGGCCUUCAAUCUAAAACAUCUGUCUAUGUUCCUGUUUACGUUAGUGAGCUCACUAGAACCAAAUAACUGUACCAUAGCUAUUUUAUGUCAUUGAUAAAUGCAUAUUUUCUAUUUAAUAUAGCAAAGUUGUAUUGUUAAACCCAAUGUACUAAUGGUCUUUUCCCCAACAGUUGGUAGUCUACUAUCAAUGAGCUGUGUGGUCAUUGAACUACUGGAGUGGUUAUUGAUCUGUUGUGUUUAUUGAACACUCGUGGGGUUAUCCAACUACGGUCAUGUAUCUCUUUUGAACGGUCAAAAUGUCAAAAAUAACACAAUAAUAACUUGAAUGCUAGCCUAACAAGGAAAAAAUGGAGUCGAAAAAGAUGCUUGUCCUCUUCAAUCGCAAUGAUGUGAAAACGUAUUUAUUUUUUCUGUUCACUUAUUUACGUGUCCGUCAAAAUGACCAUUAAAACUGCGAAAGUUUGUCCGGAUAAUGUUCACAUUGGCCGGACCCAUAAUUGUCCGUUGACCGGACGUUAUUUUGAGUUGUGUUAUUCGAUUCUCAUAGCAACUAAGAAAUAGCCAUAAUACAUAAAUUCGUAAGUUACCCCGCGAGCCUUCCUUUAAAAUGCCAACAGACUUUACAAAACAUAGCAACAGAUACUUCCUUGUUUUUAAAACACAUGCACAGCCCUGGGAUAAGGGUCAAAAUAUGUACACAUGUAUUCAGUUUCCAUGACAAAAAUCACCAUAGCAAUAAACUUAACUACUACAACAUAGCUGUCUCCCAUUUGUAGAUUGGUCAAACCGCUCUUGAUGACGACAUACAUUAGAGUAACAAAAAGAUGUUUAUUGUCUGUCGCCGAUCACGUAUGUUGUUACUAAGGAUAUUUUAGUUUCUGAUUGGUCAGUUAAGUAUACCAGUAGUGGUUUCAGUGAUGAAGUCACUAUUUAUGACGUCAAAUGGGCUGGGUGGCGAUAGGGGUUUCACUAAACUGUGAUUGGAUUAUUAAAAGCUGCUUAUUUGGACAAGUUACAAUAUAUAAACCCACUGGAAAAUAUCAACCACUGUAUCCAUCAACUUGCCACUCAUUGCGUGAGUUUAUCGUUUAAGCUGAAAUGAAUUUUCUUGUCGGAAAAGAAGCUGAUUUUGAGUGUUCCUUCCAUUGCAGUGACGAUUGUCAACUAGAAAAUGGUGAGUUAACUAGGUUUGGACAAAUUAAUUGAAAAGCGUUCCUAUGNACUGUAUCCAUCAACUUGCCACUCAUUGCGUGAGUUUAUCGUUUAAGCUGAAAUGAAUUUUCUUGUCGGAAAAGAAGCUGAUUUUGAGUGUUCCUUCCAUUGCAGUGACGAUUGUCAACUAGAAAAUGGUGAGUUAACUAGGUUUGGACAAAUUAAUUGAAAAGCGUUCCUAUGCCAUGCGAAGGGGAAAAAGAGGGCGAAAGUAGGGUAAAUUUCCUUGUAAUCACGUUAAUAGGAACAACCUAGCAAAGCGGGCCACACAGAAAAAGAAUGCAUUUUAAUAGAAAGUUUGCUUUCAGAGCAAGUUGAAUCACCGGCCGAUAAAUUCAUUUCCUGAAAUAAAGAAUAUGGACAUGAAAUUCAUACCUUAUUAUAGGAAAUUGACGAUGCACUUUAUUAACGCAAUUAUAAAAGAAUCGCGUUAAUUUAAUGCAUCUUAAUUUUAUCGAUGUUGAUUUAGAUCACACUAUUUUACAUCAUUGUUGUUUUAUAGCACCUUUAUUUCAAUAACAAAACCUCGUCUGCUCAUAUUUCCUCUACCAACGCCUCAGAGUCACUAUCUGACAGUUCUUUAAAAAUUGAGUUCAAAAUGCAUGUCUUUUGACUGGUCUUCGUAAUGAUCCGUUUCCCCGAGGGGAUAGCUAACUCUGUCAGUCUUUCUUCUUAAGAUUUCCAUUUACGUUUAUUUUUUUUCCUUUAGAUAUGUAUGCUAAGAACUCUGUAUUGCAGCAAAUUCGCGAAAAAUAA